GCAAAGGAACUUUCAGUAUCAGUAUUAUUAAAAAUAUUUUAAUACUUCAAUCCUGAAAAUAUAUAACUUAGAAAGUCUAUAUAGACCAGAAUCUUGUUAUGCUUGAACACACUUCACAUUCGAAAUAUGUGAAUUUUACAUUUCAGUACGAGCAUAUAGUGCUGGAUACAUUGUUAAAAUUAACAAUUAACAUGUACAAUGUACAAUGACUAAAAUAACGAGUAUACACACUCAGUAUUAAUGCAUCCCCAUAAAAAAGAUUGGCAGCGCGUAUGUAUAUGGCACUAGCAGACCAGCAACCCAUCUAAACAAAAUUAUGCGUAGUCAACAUAAAUCAUAAGCUAAUAACACACAUUCACAGCACACGGCUGUCGAAAUAUACCGACAAUACUCCCACGGGACACCGCAAAUAGUUUUCUAUACCCAUAUUAGGAUAGGAAACAUUAGCAUCCUUUAGCUGUAAACCGUACCACGGCGUGAUGUGUAGGCAAAUAAAACCUGAACAGGACAUUUGUGGACAGGUACACGCGACUUUUCGGCGCGUGUGGGAGCAGCUCCAAAAAGUACACAAGGGAGAGCCGUACGUUUAACCGGUCAGGCGGUUUUAGCAUUUCAUCGUGGAACAGACGGCAGUUAACGGAACCGCACAUUUGCGCGUGGUCAAUGAGGAUACCAACAUCAUAUCGCACAACCAAGCGUAAAUUAUACAGAUUUAUUGUGUAAUAUACAUAUAUACAACCUUCGUGGUGACCUACGUGAUAAUACAAAAAUAACUUUGGUGUAAACGAAGCAGGCUAUUUCGCUGGGAAUAACGUUGUGAUGUCAGAGACAACAUGAGAAAUUAAGAUAAAGCGGCUCGCUGAUCGAAUCUGAGGGAACGUGGAGAGAGGACUACUCUGAGAAAACGGAAAACGAAACAAGAGCAGCAAGAAAGACGGGAGAUGAGAACAAAUCUAGGGAAAGCAGCAGUCGGGUGAAGGAGAGGACAUUUCACGCACAGCAAAAUCAAAGAACAACAGCAGCGUAACCAAUAAAACCACUGGAACUAACUGCGAAGCGAGGAAUCUUACUAGUGCGAACAUUAAUAGCCUAGAGGACAUCGGUAGAAGUGCACUACAAGUUGCCACUAGAAAGACUCCCGGCCACCACGUUUGUAACACCGUACCCAUAUUCACUCGUUUUACGCCACAAAUUCGACCUUUAGCCAUUCCGCGCCCGUUUCGAAGUGAGAUACGCAGAUCUCAGAGAAGUGCGGAAUUGCAUAAUCCCUGCAAAACAAUUCAACAUGAUCGACGCAGGCAGUAACUGGGCGCGUCUGCUCACGACACUCCACCUGGUAGCAGCGAUCGCUGGCUUUAACCUCGCCGUCGAUCAGCCGAUCAUCUACAACGGCCCGCGCAACAGUCACUUCGGCUACCAGGUUAGAUUCCUGACCAACGCGGGAGGAACGUGGCUACUGGUGGGUGCACCCAAGUCGGCGUCUGCGUACAUUCCUCCGGAGGUGAGUGAGCCUGGUGCUCUCUACAAGUGCCAGAUCACCGAUGGCUCCAGCUCCUGCUUCGAGGUGAAAGUUGACGAGGAGCCGAAUCUCUGCAUGAUAACACCGAGCGAUGGCGUGAACAGGCCAUGCAGUCUGAGCGAGUCGAACACCUACAUCUGGCAUAGAAAAGACAACCAGUGGUUAGGUGAGUACUAUCACGCCAUAGCUAACGACGCCAUGUCGUCGUCGACAUCUAUUUGUGCAGGGCUGGACGUGUGGGACGGCGGCGGCGGCGGUGGCAACAGCAAGGUGACGGUAUGCGCGCCGCGCUGGAUAAACCAGUUCUUCAGCCGGCCCGAGCCGGAGGGCAUCAGCUACUACUUCAUGAACGGCUACUGCUGGGAGCUGGACGCCGAGCUGCGGUUCUCGUCCGUGCGGCCGCUCCACCCGCUUGCCGACAUCAACCUCCAGGUGCAGAACUUCCAGAACAUCUACGCCAACGGCAUGGCGGGCCUCGCCGUCCACUACGCGUCCGUCGCCGCCGGCAACGCGUCCGUCGCCGCGGACGACGACGACACUCUGCUGCUCGGCGCGCCGGGCGUCUGGGACCACACGGGCACCGUCGUCGCGUACCCAGCGGGCGAACGCACGCCAGGGGGCGCCACCGUGCCGCUCGUCGUCGAGCUGCUGACCGACACGCUGCUAGGCUACGCCGUUUCGUCGGGCGUGUUCUUCGCCGGCGGAGCGCGACUCGUCGUCGCAGGGGCGCCACGCGACGCGCUCGCCGACCGCCACCUUGGCGCCACCUACAUCUACGAGGGCGCCUUCGAGGUGCGAGUCAAGAAGCACGGCGCCCUCUAUGGCGAGUACUUUGGCGCGGCGGUCUGCGCCGUCGACCUCGACAACGACGGACUGUCUGAGCUGCUCGUGGGGGCGCCACUGCACUACGACGGCGACCGCCACGACGCCGGCCGCGUCUACGUGUACUGGAACACAGGGGGCGCCGCGGGCGACCCAUUACGCGAGCAGGACGAGAAGCUAGAGGGCAGCGGCAUCGCGGCGGCACGCUUCGGCACGACAAUCGCCGCCGUUGGUGACCUUGACCUCGAUGGCUUCGGCGACGUCGCGAUCGGCGCCCCCUACGAGGACGCGGGCGCGGGCGUCGUGUACAUCUACCGCGGCGCGCGCGGCCGGGUGCUCGCGGCGCCCUCCCAGCGCAUCGCCGCCAUCGACGUAUCGCCGUCGCUCGCCGGAUUUGGCUGGAGCGUCGUCGGCCGCACGGACGUUGACGGCAACGGGUACGCGGACGUCGCGGUGGGAGCGUACGCGUCGAGCGCGGCCGUGCUGCUGCGCGCGCGCUCCGUCGUGCACGCGCGCGCCACGCUCGCCUUCACGCCCGCGCGCGUCAACGUCAACCGCACCGACUGCGCGCGCGACGGCCGCGCGGUGCCCUGCGUGAUCGUCACCGCAUGCUGGAACUACACGGGCGCGCGCGUGCCCGCCGCGCUCGCCGUCAGCUACAGCGUUAGCGUCGAGGAGCGCGAGGGGGCGGCGCCGCGCGUCCGCUUCUACGUCGGCGGCCGGCUGCUGCGACACGUCGGCGGCAUCGUCAGCCUGCAGCGCGGCGAGACGGCGUGCGAGGCGUUCGAGGCGCACGUCGCCGCCGACGCCACCGACGUCUUGAACCCGCUCGCGUUCGCGCUCGAGUACGGCCUGCCGUCCGCCGCCGCGCUUGCCCCGACCUUUGACCCGACGACGCGCACGCGGGUCGUCGAGCAGCUGCACUUUGAGACGGACUGCGGCGGCGACGACGUGUGCGUCGCCGACCUGCGCGCGUCGCUCGCGCUCGCCGGCGGCGCCACCUACGUCAUGACGGGCCGCGACGCCGAGCUGCGCUACGUCGUGACGGUGGCGAACGGCGGCGAGAACGCGUACGAGACACGCGCGCACGUCGCCUACGCCUCCGCCGCGCGAUUCAUCGCCGCGCGCUCGCCCGACCGCGCCAUCGCGUGCACCGUCGCCGCGGCAAACUCCACCUCGCCCAUCGAGCUGCUGCGCUGCGAUGUCGCCAACCCGCUGUCGCGCGGCGCGGCCGUCGCGUUCGAGCUGCGGCUCGACGCCAGCGCCCUCGCCGGCGACGACUUCACCGUGUACGUGCAGGCGACGACGACGAGCCAGGAGGAGGAGGCGACGCUCGCCGACAACCGCGCCGAGCACACCGUCGCACUGAGACGCGAGGCGCGCGUCGUGCUGACCGCGUCCGCGCAGCCGCGACAACUGCUGUUCGCGCGCGAGGGCGCCACCGUCGCCGUCGCUGCCGGCGACGGACACAGCCGGCUGUUCGUGCACACGUACGACGUCUACAACGCGGGGCCUAGCGCGGUGAACGGCUCCGACCUGUACCUCGAAUUCCCACGUAGGACGACGGAUGGCAGCAGCUUCAUAACCUUCCUCCAGUUUGUCUCCAAGCCAACCGACAAGCAUAUUCAGUGUAGCCAAUCGCCAACGGGGAUAGAUCCCUUUGGGAUUCAGGAAUUCGAGUCAAACGCCACUGCGUACAAGCUCGUCGCAGGGGAAACGCACACGACGCUCAACUGCGAGACAACGGAAUGUUUUGUCUUGUACUGUCGGGUGGCAGCACUCGAGGAGAGGGAGAGCGCGUACGUGCAGGUGCGUUUACGGCUUAACGAGACCUUGCUCCUGGAACAGCACCCCGACGCCGACACCAUCUCCUUCACGAGCACGGCUACCCUGGAGCUACCCGGCGACAUCGUGCAACCCGGCGGGGAGCGGACGAAGACCGCGGAGGCAACAACGACACUGAUACGCGAGGACAGCUCGACGGUGCCAGCAGAGGGCGUUGCCGUCUGGAUCAUCAUCGUCUCCGUAUUGGCCGGCCUCCUGCUGCUGGUCAUACUCGUCCUCGUUCUCAUGAAGGCUGGCUUCUUUAAGAGAAAGAAGAAGGAGGAGAUGGACAAGAUAAUACGAGAGAGCAGCAAGGAGGGUGAGGUGUAUGAGGAAAAGGAAGGAAGCAUCGACAAUAGGCCCCUGUCAACAAGCAGUGACCAUGUUUAGCAUGAUCGCACAAGGCUGUACGAUCAUAUCGCAGUACGAUCGCCCUGUCAUAUUAGCAGAUUCCUUGUAAAAUAAAUAAUGCAGAAUGUACGUGAGCAACCUGCUAACAAAAACCUGGCUGGCAUUCCUUAACACCACAAGAAUUCCACAAUUGCAGAUUGAGCUUUUAUAAACCACGUACGUCUGCACACUUAUUAAUCCAUUCAUCUGUAUAUACUACACGAAUAGUAUUGGCUAAUUAAACAUAAUCUAAUUAUUAUGCAAUCUCAAAAUACUAUUACUACUACUACUACUACUACUACUACUACUACUACUACCAGGAGUAAG